CAACUAUCCUCGCAAAUGAAUGAAGAAUGCCCAUUGAGGUACUGCCAGAGACCACCUCGCGGGCUCUUGGCUCUUCCCUCGUUCUCAAUGAUGCCAAGUCGGUCGUGAAGGAACUCGUUGACAACGCCCUCGAUGCACGUGCAACAGCCAUCAGCAUUGAAGUAUCUAACAAUUCCCUUGACAUCAUCCAGGUCAAGGACAAUGGCACGGGUAUCGGUGUUCAGGACCGACAACUCUUGUGCAAAAGAGGCUACACCUCAAAAAUCAGAUCUCUGGAAGACCUCACGCGGCUCGGAGGAUCUUUCCUAGGGUUUCGAGGCGAGGCCCUUGCCAGCAUCAAAGGACUGAGUUCAGCUGUGACCGUGACAACUCGAGUAGAAGGAGAAAUCGUUGGGACGUCGCUGAAGUAUGCCGCUUCGGGCAUGCUGAGUUCUUCUUCAGCUUCUCAUCCGGUCGGCACAACCAUACGGGUGCAAGACUCCCUCACAAAGAUCCCCGUGAGGAAGCAAACUGCGCUCAAGAACAAUACGAAGACAUUGCAAGCCAUCAGAAGUCUUCUGUUCGCAAUCGCCUUUGCUAGGAGGGACGUCCGAUUCUCCUUGAAAGUGCUGAAAGCGAAGAACCACAAGCUGAACUGGACUUAUGCAGCAAGUCAGAAUGAUUCUAUGAUAGAAACCGCCACCAAGAUUUUAGGAAAGGAAGUCGCUUCGGAAUGCACACCUUACCAGAUUUCCUCCGCCGAUGUUGAUGUGGAAAUUGGAAACGGUUGGAAGGUGGAAGCUCUCCUUGUCUCUGCAGAUGCGGACCUUACCAAAGUCCGCAGUGUUCCUCAAUUCAUAUCAGUGGACGGUCGACCCGUCAAUACUGAAAAAGGUACACUGAAAGAGAUUGCUAAGAGCUAUAAGCGACAUCUGCAACGCAUCUACUCCACCGACGGUACCUCAAUUUCUCGACCAUUUAUCUACAUGCAAAUCCGUUGUCCCCCUGAAAGCUACGACGUAAAUGUUGAGCCUGCAAAGGACGAAGUCCUCUUCUUCCGGCCGGACUUGUUGAUGUCGUUGGUCGAAAGCCUAUUCCAGAAAGCCUAUGGUGAUACCGCUCGCAUCCAGGUAGAGAGCGGAGGGAUGGAAGAGUCAGCAAUCACGAUUUCGUCGCACCAAAACAUAUACGCGGCGGACCUGGAGGAGGUCGAAGAGCUAGCAAGCGAAGAACAAAAGGCACCUUCCCUGGAGCCAGCCGACUCUAAAGAGCAUGUCGGGAUGUUGAAAAAUCCAUUCACUAUUGCCGCCAUGAACAGACUAGUCAUGCCAAAGAAGAUGACAGCACCGGAAGAAGGAAUGACAACCUCGGCCAACAAUGAAGACAUGCUUGUAGCAAGGACACUGGCUAACGCUGCCCCGAGUCUCACAAACACUCACAGAAAACACUUUAGACCGAGUCAACAACUGCUCUCUCCAACUCCCUCAGACGAAGUAGACCCGAUACCGUACCAGAAUCCUGGGCCACCGAUGAGACCUUGGACCAAGAAGGCUCGAGGUGUCGCCGACGAGGACUCCGACUCAAGAACUUCCGAUGACGGCGACGAACAUCCCAAAGCUCUGCAAUCAGGUCUGCAGUCAUGGCUUACACCGCAGUCUGGACAACGCCGGCCAUUGACACAAAGAGUCGAAAGCCGUAUGGGGCCUGAUCUAGGCUCAUCUUGUGAUGCUCCUGGCCCGCCUCCUACAACUCGCCUCCUGGACGCCAACGCCUUGGCUUCUCGUCCCUCAAGCGCUUCUGCAGGUGUCAAGCUGGGACGAGGGCAGAAACCUUUCAAGUCACCAUUGAAGUGGCAGGCCCACGCUCAUUCGCAACCUACGCAAGGACCUCCGUCACCAAUCCAUAUCCUCGGCUCGUCUGGUCAGAGUGCUAGCUUAAACGUCAACGAUAGCGGUCUCAAGUCGCAGCAAGAAGGUAGCAAUCAUUUCCCCAUCGAAUUCAUUCCGCAAAAUUCCUCCGGCCUCAAGAGGCGCCUGCUUGAUCAUCCGGAGACUGUCGAACCCUUCGCAUCAAAUGCAGAAUUGUCUGAUAUUAUGGAUUUUGAGCACAGGAAGAAGGCCGCGAUUGCUCACCAGAGGAGAUUAGCAGCUACAUAUCCGUCUGCAUGUCUUCAAGAUAUUCUGAGUCAAUCGAACCAACCUAAACAUGGCGGAAAUAAAACCUCCGGGACUGACGAGCAGAGCUCGAUCGCAGACCUUGACGCACGAUUUGGCGAGGCUAAAGCGCCGAAAUCGACGCAAACACCGUCCAAACCAAAUCCUCACCUCCAUCGCUAUCUAGCAGCUAAAAGGGAUCUAUCUCAUUCUCAUCCCGAUCAAGAUAUGGAGAUUAGUCGACCUUCGGAUGCUGAUGAAGAUAACUCGAUCGAGCAACUCGUUCCAGACACCACUGAACAGCCACAAUUGUCCGACGAUGACCCAAGAGCGGUUUUGAUGAAGCAGCAGCGACUGAAAGGGGCCAAGUCCAGCCUCUACCGCUCCAAAUCAUCCAGGCUACCGUUUGAGACAAUUCCCCGCGACACCAUGACCCUGCGGCUUAUUGUUUCCAGCCCCAUGUUCGACAAUAUAAAAAAUAUGAGGAGACAUGUCGAAAGGCUUGCUCGCAUUGACCCAUAUAUAGGGUUGGGCGCAACAGUACUUGAAGAGUUAUUUCUAGCUGACACUACGAUCGACGAACAAUGUUCUACGACACUCCGAGAAAUUGUGAAAGCGAAAUACCGCUAUAAGAAUUCCGAUGGCAAAGAGAUUGUUCCACAUUUGAAGCUUGCGAUUUCUGAGAAGCAACACAUGGUCGAAGAGAGGUGAUGAUCAUUUUGAGGGAAUUGACCAGGGACGCUGAGGUCCAAAUAUGUACCAUCACUGUAUCUUUACCUGCACACCACCGACUCUGACUUUAGCUGAAGUACACCGCCGGCUGUGG